GUUUUUACAGACAUUUGACUGAAUGUGAACAUUGAGGUAUUUUUUUGGUUUCUUUUUGAAAUUACGCAAAGUUUACGUUGUUUUGAGUUGAAAUAAUUGAGGAAAACCGUCCUGGCACAUCGUGUGAAUGGGGCGAAUCAGUGAAAAGCAAUUCGAUGCGUUUACCAAGCGAAUAUGUGAAUAAAUUUCGUGUUGUACCUUUUGAUAUUGAGUCAACAAACUCUGGAAUUAUAAAGGUGUGCCAUUUUUGCGAACGUUGAAUGGGAUAUUAGUUAACUUUACCGGAGGUUACCAGUUAGCUAAUAGCUAGCUCAAGAGGAAUUAGUGAGUGUUUUCCUACAAGAAUUUGACCACAAUGUGGAUUCACUUUGUGUAAAAAAACGGGUGCCCGCAUAAGUAGACUGCCAUAUGUACUCGGAGGCAUAUACUAAUGCCAAACCGUUCUGGUCGAAGAUCAACAGCGCCUUCGUGAAGAUGGCAUCGUCGGGAUCGCAACCGAUAGGGGUGAGCUGAUCGAGGCGCCGCGUCUGAGGCGUACGCAUGCGAACGAAAUGGCCACGGACAUGCGGUCGCCGAACGUAUCCGUCACGCCGAUCAACGUGGAGCCGCCCCGCACGGCGGCGGCGUCGUCGCUCGCCGAUCCGCUGGACGGCUUCGACGCCGAAGUGGCCCGCAUCGAUUUCCGAUCGGUCAACAUGCGAUCGAAGCCGAAGCAGGAGGACGUGCCGCGGCCGAUGAGCUGGGAGGGCGAGCUCUCCGACGGCGAAAGGGACGGCAUGUGCGUCGACGAGGAGCACGCCGCCCACCAGGUGCCCGAGAACCUUUCGCUCGCCCAAUCCAAAGCGACGAACGAUCCGAAGGGUAGUCCGACGCUCAGAUUGAAACAACCGCCGAUGGGCAAUUGCAAUUAUUCGUUGCACAGCACGCCCAGCAAUUCGCCGUUGCUCAGCCAACGGCAUCCCGUGCCAGGGGUGCCGAUCGUCAGUCACAAAGAUCUCAUGUUGCACAAGGGGUUGAACGUGCCGCCGACGCCGAGUCCCGAUUCGGCCGUCCACUCGGCCUACAGCGUGUUCAGCUCGCCGAAUCAAUCGCCGCUGACGCAGCGGCACGUCACGCUGACGCCGAACCUCAGCAGGAACAACAGCGACGCGUCGCAUUCGAGCUGUUGCAGCUACAGCAGCGUGUCGGUGUCGGUGUCGCCGACGCAACAAUUCUCGCCGACGCACAGCCCCGUCCAGGGCAGGCACGUGGCGCAGAACGUGCACAACAACAGCCCGUUGCACCAGCAACAGAACCUGCUCUACAGGAGCCUGCAGGACGAGAGUUUGCACUACGCCGGCGACGAUAAUUUGGACGACAACGAAGACAAAUCGGGUAUUUUGCACGCUUCCUUGCCCGCCCAGCCCGGCAUAUCUAGGCAACAGUUAAUUAACAGUCCGUGUCCGAUAUGCGGCGACAAAAUCUCCGGCUUCCACUACGGGAUAUUCAGUUGCGAAUCGUGCAAGGGUUUCUUCAAGCGCACCGUGCAAAAUCGAAAGAACUACGUGUGCUUGAGGGGCGCCCAAUGUCCCGUCACGGUGGCGACGAGGAAGAAAUGCCCGGCUUGCCGGUUCGAAAAGUGCCUGCAAUGCGGCAUGAAAUUAGAAGCUAUAAGAGAAGACAGAACCAGAGGCGGCCGAUCGACUUAUCAAUGUUCCUAUUCACUACCGCCGUCUCUCACGAAUCACAACGAAUGGCGGGCGAGCACGACCGAUUUGAGAAACAUGAACGAUUCUCAUCCGGGGCUUACGGUUAAAUUGGAACCGCCCGAUUUGCCGCACCAAAGACGCUCCGCGUUGCCCGGCUCCAAAGGUGUCCCGCCUUUAUUACAGGAAAUAAUGGACGUGGAACACCUGUGGCACUACAACGAAUCCGAGUUGAACAAGCUUAGUACCGACGGGCACCUGGGUAAAGAAGGUUCCAGCGGCGCCGUUCAUAAUCUAUCUACUCAUCCAUUAUUAGCCGGUACCGCUCUGGCUGGUUCUACCGACACCAAUCCCGACUUCGUCGCGAACCUGUGCAAUAUCGCCGAUCACAGACUGUACAAGAUCGUCAAGUGGUGCAAAAGUCUUCCGCUGUUCAAGAACAUAUCGAUCGACGAUCAGAUAUGCCUGUUGAUAAACUCCUGGUGCGAGUUGCUGUUGUUCUCCUGCUGCUUCCGAUCGAUGUCCGCCCCGGGCGAGAUUCGAAUAUCGCUGGGCAAGAGCAUCACGUUGGCGCAGGCGCGCGAGAUGGGCAUGCAGGCGUGCAUCGAGAGAAUGUUGAAUUUCACCGAGCAACUGAGACGGCUGAGGGUGGACCAGUACGAGUACAUCGCGAUGAAAGUGAUUGUACUGUUGACGUCAGAUACGUCGGAGUUGAAGGAGGCGGAAAAGGUGAGGUUGUCGCAGGAGAAGGCCCUGAAAGCCCUGCAGGAUUACACUCUAUCGCACUAUCCCGAAAGCCCAGCGAAAUUUGGGGAGUUGCUUUUGCGGAUACCGGAAUUGCAAAGGACUUGUCAAGUAGGUAAAGAAAUGUUGACAAUAAAAUCAAAAGACGGAGACGGACCGAGUUUCAAUCUUCUGAUGGAGCUCCUUCGGGGGGACCACUGAAACAAAACAAAAAAUCCAUGUGCCUUAAUAGCUUUUUGGUGGCGGGCUCUCGUAUACUACAGACAGUAUUUUUCUUUUUUGCUUAAUCACUAUUUUAGCCUUAAGUGAAAACUUUACGUACUUAUUUUAAACGAAAACGUGCUGGACACAUUAAAAAAAAUGUCGGUAAUGGGAUUUUUUCGACGUGCGUUUCUAACGCUCGGUGUAUUUAAGCGAGAAUAAUUCAUAUCAAAAUCGUACGCGAAAGAAUCCCCCCAAUGUACUUUUUAUAUACACGGCCGAAUGUAAAUAAUAUUUUUUAAGUUAAGUUUUUAUUUUGAUAUUUUUUAUUAUAUACAAUGAGGCUAUUUCUCGCUAUCGUUGACGUUUUUUUAUAUAUUUAUCCGCGGGAUGGUUCGUGGCGAAUUUACUGUUUUAUGAAACGUCCUGUUGGUAGAAUUAGGUUUAAAUGAAAUAAUGAAAGUUGCGUUCGGUGUCGCAUCUGAUGCGGUAUCGAGCAUAUUUUUUUAAUAUUAAACAAAAGGAGAAUCGUACUUGGGAUUUCCGCAGAGUAAAUUGAAUGGAGAGAAGUACAACUUUUUUUUAAUUUCUAAAUUAUUAUGCUACUAAUGACACAAUGUAACUCGUUUGUUUUGUGAUUGGUUAGUGACUUUACACGUCACGAGUCAAAAUUUUAAAUUUAAAAAGGCCAUAUUUCCUAAAAUAUUGAAUAUUUUCAGCAACUGAAAACUGCUUUUGAAACUUAUUUCUAUUCAUAUAUCUGGUUAAAAACCGCAUAUCUCACAUCGUACUCCUCUCCAUUCCUUGCUGUGAAAAAUUCGUUGAAUAGUCUAUAAAGUCGGUUUAAAUAAUCUAAGCUAUUGCAAACAAUAUUCAAAAUUAUUUAAACAGCCUUUUGAAACAGACUUUAAACAUGAAGCUUUUAAGUUCCUCUCGGCGUGGGAAACAUUUUACGGUAGUCCCUUUUGCUGUUUUUACUUCCAUUCCAGUGUAUUUCAAAUAGGUUUAUUUCGUUUCGAUGCGAUUUCAACUAGGUUGGAUGAUGAUCGAAACCUUUUCUGAAGUAUUUUACUGACUGUUGGUAGUUUUAAACUACGUUUUGUCUAUAAAUGUUGAUCGAUUUUGUCUCGACGAUUGGCUCUUUGUAUCGUAAGAACUCGCUCGAGAUUUGCAAAGAGUAACAUUUGAAAAUAAUACAGUUUUUUAAUUAUUAUUCUUCAGUUCAACAGAAGACAACAUCGAUUGAUUGUUGGUCAGUUCAAAUAUGUUCGACCAAAUGAACUAUUGUUGUAAAUAGUUCGGAUUUUUAUUAUUUAUUUUGUUAGGUCAGAAGUAUCAUUUUUGUGCCAACGGAAACGACGAAUGCAUGUACACUUUUUUUCCUCCAUUUUGCGCGCUUUUAAAUCAAUAUUACGACGAAAAACUAAAUACUUACUCACUCUUAUUGUGAUAAAGCUGUGACAUUUUUAGUUUAUUCUAAUAUCAUGACAAUGAGAAUGUGAAAUGUACUGCUAUUUCAAAUUUCGUUUAGUAUUUUAUUUUACAGAGUGGUAUAUUUAUUACAAAAUUCGUUUUUUUAAUUGUGUUUUGAAGGACUCGAAAUAUACAAAAAAGAAUCAUCUUGUAAUCGAACCAUUGAUGUAACAUUUGCGCAUAUUCUGAAUCGGUAGAAGGUAGAACAAUAUAAAUUUUCCUCUACAACAAGCUGAUUUACAAACGAAAACGAACAAGACUUAAGGGGAGGCCUUCGAAAGUUGCGUUCGGCGCAACUUUAGCCCUAAAAAUACUUUUGUACUCACUUUUUACUAUCAAUUUAUAUACAAGACAUGUAUUGAAGAAAUAUAAUAUACAAAGUAAAAACCG